GCUGGUCCGAAUAAUGGCUUAACUGGCAUAGCUCGCCUUUCGGGCGGCCUAACAACGGCACGCCAAACACGUAUGAACAGUCUUGCCGCCGGUAGUAUUACCCAACUGGCUGGUCUCGGUUUGUCAAGCCAAGACCUACUUGUGGACAUAGAGAACGCUGAGCAUGUCCCGAGCAGGGAUCGCCCUGGAGCCGGGAUGGCGAGCAGUGCUGGCGCUUCAAUGGACGCUGAUGACAAUGACGCCGAUGCUGAGGCGGACACUGAGGCUGAACCGGAUCCGGACCAGUAUGUAGACCCUGCUGAUCUGGGAGACUAUGGUAAACCACAAGAGCUGGAUUAUCCUGUCAGUCCUGGACCAACCGAAAGCGUCGCUCAUUGCCCUACUGAAAAUCAAAUUGCAGACCACAAUAGUAGGGUUCCCCAGAUUGGUAGGCAAGGUAAUGCUGAGUCGACUACUCUUAAGCCAGAUGUAAAGGAGACUCGUCCAUCCCCCUUAAAAAGUUUAACCGAUCCUAGCGUAGUUGAACCUCAGCAAAUGCAGGCACGAGAGGAGCAGGACGAAAGUCGUAACUGUGCGCAGGUGGGAGAAGCUUUUGCUGGUCAUCUAAAUCCAUUGAUCGGAGCUCAGCAGACCUCACUACGAGAGACUAGCCCUAUGGCUCUCGGUUCCUCUGCUGAUCGACUUGAGCCUGUACCAAUAACUAGUCUUAUCUGUGCUAUACAGCCCGGAGGCGCUGCUUCUGCAUCUAACAAUAGCAUGACAACGCAGGAACCGAAGCCAAAUGCGGUAGAUGGCCUCUACGAUAAGCAUAGUCCAUUGGAUAACUCUACUCCUGUCUUUUUACAUCCGGAUUCGAACAGCCCUGAACUGCAAAGCGCUUCCAAUGCAGCACUUCGCUUUCAGGGGCAAUCUCGUCUAUCUGGGCCAGGACCUAACGACAUACAAUCUGCCUUCUCUGCUGCCAUAACAACAACUGCUAUAACAAAUGCAGCUACUUUGAUUACGACUACAACAAGCCCUGAAUCAUCUUUUAAUCCAUUGGUCCUUUCUCAUGUAUCUCAUGAUCCACAAGUUCUUCCAGCCUAUUUACCAGAGGAUGCAAUUCGUGGUCAUUCGGAUUAUUUACAGCAGGCUCACCACUCUCACCAGAGACUCAAAUCACAACAGUCUCAUCUGCGUUGCCAGCGAGCCUGCUCUCCAGGUCCAAUCUCUGGCGACACUGACGCCUGCACUCGGCAUGAGACUCGUCGUUCUGAUAGGGAUGAUGGUGAGGUGAAUAGACAGAAUGAGGAGGCACUAGUUCAUUCACGUCGGCGACGAAUCCUGACUACCUCCGUUAUCAAAGGCGUUGAGACCGCAGUACAUCUUGGUAGUUGGCGCCGCGGAAUGCGUCAUAUGUUGGGUGAUUCUCUCGGAUUCCAGCGUGCUGUCCUGGCUGCCAGGGGUGCACUUAAUCAGCACAAGGUCAUCAGCAGUUCUCUCCAACUCCAUCAGACUGCCGAACUCGGCCUUGCCCUUGGAUCCGAAAUGGGAUGCUUGAAACCAACCCCAAUGCCUCGUCAGACACGACAUCCUAUCAUAUCAAGACCACCAACUUCCACUGGGCCAAUAUCUUCAUCGGCAGUGGCCAUUCCUACCACUGCAUCAAUUCCCAUCUCCAUGGCCCCCAAAGCCACAAUGAAUGACUACGAGUCCUCUUGUCACAAUAGGUACUCUUUUCAAGCCUCUUCCUCUGAUGCAUCUGCUCCCGGAGAUCUUGCCACUACUGAAAACGGCAAUAAUCACGCUGCGUCUAAACAGUUGGCAAGUUGCUGCGCUUCACAACAUAUCCCACCUCGCAUAUCGGAUGCAGGUAACUACUCAGGCAUAGUGCCUGAUAUUGAGUCUUCGCAGCCUAGUGUUCCUACCUCUGUCUCACAGGUUAGCCCUCCAAUUCGUCGGAAUGCAGCUGGACUCGUCAGUCUAUCGGGAAAGCGGAUUACAAAUUCUGAGACUCUGCUUGGUGCCUCUUCUACCUGCGGCAACGUAGCACCCACUUCGCAUCGUGCUUCCCGAGUAUCUUUGCAUCUGCGCAACUCAUUCGGCUUGUUCUCUCCGCCCAAUACAGCACAUGGCAUCUCUAGAGGUUUAAUUAAUACCAAAGCUUUCAGAAAAUCUGGGAACUUUUCUAGUACUGCCGGCUCCAUCGCCACCACAAUCCCACCUACUCCUGGUUCCAGUAACCUUAACAACAACAAUAACAUCUCAGGCUCGCGGUCUCAGCGGGCUGUCUGGUUUCGUCCGCCUGCUAAUAUGUCCACUGCCUCUGCCGUUUUGCCUUCGUCAUCUGGAAUGCCUGCAGUAUCUGUUGGCCUUUUACGCCACACUCAAAUAAACAACAAUAAUGGUAGCAGUGAUAGUGGUCAUAUUAAUCAUUUUCCUCGAGCUCGACUGUCCGGCGCGCGCUCAUGUCAUUUUGCUUGGAUGUCGAGUGGACCUGCGAGUGAUAUGAGCGCUUCUAUGGAUGGCGAUGAUGACAACUUUGAAGACGACGUUGAUGAUGGAUACGCCAUUGUUUUAUCUGGAGACGCUGAGGAACUUGGAGAAAAAGAUAAGCGUUGGAAAGAACGAAGGGAGAGACGGAGGCUGAGUGCGCAGGUAAGAGCUGAUACUCUGGAGGCUGUUACUGACACUCCUGAUGAGGCUCAUGCUAUAAGACAUCCCGAGGCAUCCCAAGACUUCCGAAACUCUGCCGAGAAUUAUCGUCCACUUAACAACAACUUCCUAACCAGCUCUUGCACUGACUCUUUAAAUACUAGAUGGCACCCAUCCUUGCUGAUGGCUGUCGGUGGUUCGGGACAUUUUUCGCGUUGGAGGCGACGUGUCGACCGAUCGCUAGGGUAUUUUCAUACUCCAGAACAGCAGCAGGGAUCCUUCAGACUGCAGCAAAAGUUGCAUGAGGCUGUAACGCGUCGAUUACAAGAGCCGGCACCAAGCGGCAGAGUGUCAACUCCAGAGAGUUGUUCUGCUAUUGCUCCCAAUCCACCUUCAAACCAGUCUUCUUCUAGUCUGGGCUCUUCUACCAAAACAAGUCUCUUCACCGACCAUCGCAAUAUCCAUCUGCGACAAAGAUGGGCUCGAUCGUUUCGCACAAGACUACCUGGAUCUCCGCCAAAUGAAUCUGGGCCCAGCAGUAUUGGCCAUAGCAAUAACAACAGCAACGACAGUAGCAGAAGCAAUAGCAACAGCAGCAUUUGUGAUGGCGAUGCUGAAGCCAUCUACAAUGUGGCCACUGUUGGAAACAAACGAGAUGGUAUCAAUACUUACUCUGUGCUAGACGAUAUGCAAGACUGUCCUUUGUCUCGUCAAUUCCCUGAAGCUCGUAUCACUCAGACACCGGAUGAGGCUUCAGCUCAAACGGAUUCUUCCUGCCUCUUUUCAGUGGCAGGAUCCACGCGUCUUGUGCCUCGACCACCCAGAAACCCAGCGCCAAGUGUCUCGUUUGCUCUUGAUGCACGCCGAAGACGUUACAGACCUAGUGCAACCACCGAGGCCUCUUCUACUCAGAACACGUCUGCUACGAUCUUCCAUGCCCUGAUAACAGAUUUAGAUGACAAGCCACCGAUGGCACCUCUAGUUCAGUCGCCUAGGCCUAAUUAUGGCAUAGCCUCCUACGAGGAUGAUGGAUUUGGAGACUUUGAGGGAGAUGAAGAGGAGGAAGUUGAUAUCGAUACCGGUAACAAGACUAAGAGAGCGACGCUUAAUUCUUAUGUAUCUUCUCGAAGCACUAAUGGUGGACGUUUCGGUCCUCAUUCAGCCUCCGACAUGGCUGCUCAAUUUCUUUCUACCCGACCUAGACUCCCAGCUUCCACGCAAGACUCCACCCCAAACCAAUCACAAGUUGUUUAUACUUCUCAGAAAGAAUUGGACUGCUCUUCUCAGAUUCUAUAUACUCGACCUGAGCUCUCUCAUCCUUCCCCGGAACUUCUAGUUCAAAAGUCGAUACCCAUUAUCUUUCCGUCCGUGCGACAGAGACCAUUUCGCCUAGUCACGUCCGGCAACGUGACGCCAACUGGGUGCUGUCCUCGAGUUCCUGUUAGGUCUGCGCCAUUUGCAAAAUCGGAAGAAACAACCGAAGAAGAAAAGGGAGACGACGGCGACAAUGUUGAAGCAGAGGAUGAACGGGAAGGUUCAGCCUCGAUCUCAAGAGACUCAAAUCGUAUUCCUGAUCGGUUGUUGACAGUUCGUUCCGAGGCCAAUCAAAGAAUCCAUUCUCCUAUCGCAGGUCAAUCUCAAGGUUCUGUCUCAGUACCUGUUGUUCUGUCGACUGACUUCCAGCAUUUGGAGAAGGCAGUUCUUAGCGCCUCGUGA